AUGGAUUUACGUAAACGGGUUUGGAGUAUCUGCGCAGCUGUUGUCUUGGCGCUCUCUGUCAGUCAACAUUCACGCGGUGAAAUAACCUGUGAAGUUCCUCGCUUUGACGGCUGGUACAACAGUCUGGGAAACCCAAAACGUGGAGCUGUCGGUUCACCCCUCGUGCGCCUCUUGCCCGCGCAAUACUCUGAUGGGGUCUACGAAGCUGUCCACGAGCCCCAACUGCCAAACCCCCGCACCCUGAGCAGGAAACUUUCAGCUGGACCCUCCGGUCUGCCGUCGACACGUAACCUGACCGUGCUCUCCCUGUUCUUCGGUUAUCAUGUUGCUUUUGAAGUAUUUGAUUCAAGAGCACCUGGUUGUCCCCCUGAGUUCAUGAACAUCCCAGUUCCAAAAGGUGACCCCAUCUUUGACCCUGCUUCCCGUGGUAAGGUCUUGCUACCUUUCCAGAGAGGAUCUUGGGACAAAGAGUCUGGCCAGAGCCCUGGCAAUCCUCGGAGACAGGUCAACUUGGUGACAGCAUGGAUAGACGGCAGCUCUAUUUACGGCCCUUCCACGUCCUGGUCCGACUCCUUGAGGAGUUUCUCUGGAGGGCUCUUGACUUCAGGCUCUGAGGCGAACAUGCCAAAUGAGGGAACAGAGCAUAGUUUCAUGUGGAGCACUGCUGACCCUACAACGGGAGAAAAUGGACCUAAUGGCCUUUAUGAGUUGGGAAACGCCUGGGCCAAUGAGAACCUGUUCACGGCAGCAGAGGGGAUUAUCUGGUUUCGCUACCACAAUUAUGUCGCCACCAAACUGCAUAAGGAACACCCUAAGUGGUCAGACGAAAAGCUGUUUCAAAACGCAAGGAAGAUCGUUGUGGCCACAUUCCAGAAUAUUGCCCUCUAUGAAUGGCUGCCUGCGUAUCUUGGAAACAUAAAGCUUCCUCCAUAUCCAGGUUACAAUAAAUUUAUUGAUCCUGGUAUUUCUGCUGAGUUUGAGGCUGCUGCCAUAAGGUUUGGCAUCACUAUGGCCCCACCUGGUGUUUACAUGAGAAACAAAACCUGCCACUUCAGGAAGACGGUCAAUGCGGAUGGCAGCCUUUCUCCAGCAGUGCGGCUUUGUAACAGCUUUUGGAAGCGUCAGAGAGUCAAUAUGAAGACAGGCCAAGACGUAGAUGACCUAAUCCUGGGUAUGGCUUCACAGAUUGCAGAGAGAGAAGACAAUGUGGUUGUGGAGGACCUAAGAGACUUCAUGUAUGGACUCUUAAGGUUCAGUAGGACAGAUCUGGUGGCUUUGACAAUCCAGAGAGGAAGAGACUUUGGCCUGCGUAGUUACACUGAGGUCAGAAAAGCUCUAGAUCUGCCUCCUGUAAAUACUUUUGGAGACAUAAAUCCUGGGCUCAACCGCACCAGCCCACAGGUAUUGCAGGAUGUUGCAGAACUGUACAAUGGAGACAUCUCAAAACUUGAACUCUUCGUUGGAGGACUGCUGGAGUCUCUUGAUGGUCCAGGUCCGGUUUUCUCCACCAUCAUCCUGGACCAGUUUGAACGCAUCAGAAAUGGAGACCGCUUCUGGUUUGAGAACAAACAAAAUGGUUUGUUCACAGAUGAUGAGAUACAGAGGAUCCGCAACGUGACCUUUCAUGAUGUACUGACUGCAGUCACAAGUGCAGAAGCCACUGAUUUACAAAAGAAUGUGUUCUUCUGGAUUAAUGGUGACCCUUGUCCUCAGCCCACACAGCUCACUGCAUCAAUGCUCCAUCCCUGCACCAAUGUGACCAAACUUAAUUACUUUGAUGGGAGCCAUGCUGGCUAUGGGAUUUUCAUCAUUGUUCUGUUCCUAUUCCCUGUUGCAAGUUUUCUGGUGGCCUGCAUGGUGGCAAAUCUCCGAAAGCAUAAGUUCAGAAAAAUCCAGAAAAUAAAAAAAGCUGGAGACAAAUCAGAGGAGCCAGCCCUGGGAAUUCAUGCUUAUGAGUGGCAGGGCCGUAAAAAACCUCUACAUCCCGUCAGUGUGGAGAUCGAUGAGAAAAGGAAGUUACAGGUCUUUGACAGAUCUGGGUCUGCUCACCGCUGCAUCAAUCUCAGCAACCAAGAAUAUCUUAAUGUCCUUCUUUCCAACAACCAUAACCAGAAAGCUCUGCUGCUCAAAGUUUCAAAGGAGUACGACCUGGUGCUGUUUUUUGAUGACGAGAGCAAACGUGCCGCAUUUGUCAAGAAUCUGCGCCCUGGGGUGACGGACAUCAGGCAGGAGAUUAGAGUGAAGGAGAUGAAGGAGGAGGAACUGCUGAAGGAAGCUUUAACCAGAGAGCAGAGGGCUCAAAUUGUGGAAACUUUCAUUCGGCAUGCUUUCUCUCAGGUGUUGGAAAUAGAGAGGAGUGACGCCGGAGAUAUGAGCGGCGUUUCCCGCAAGAAAGCCAAAGAGGUUCUGGAGUGUGAGCUGGCAGCGUCAGAGUUUGCUGAUGCUCUGGGCCUCAAGACUGACUCCUUGUUCGUCGACUCCAUGUUUACAUUGGCUGAUAAGGAUGGAAAUGGUUACCUCUCCUUCCAAGAGUUUCUGGAUGUGAUGGUCAUCUUUAUGAAAGGGUCACCUGAAGAAAAAUCCAAACUCAUGUUCUCCAUGCAUGACAUUGGUGAAACUGGUUUCUUAUCAAAAGAAGAAUUUGCCCAGAUGCUCAGGUGUUUCAUUGAAAUCUCAAACUGCCCUCUGUCAAAGAGCCAGACAGAGGACGGCAUCAAGGCCAUGAUGCAGGCUGCAGGCUUCAAUGAAAAGGAGAAAAUCACAUGGGAGGACUUCCAUUUCCUCCUGCGGGACCAUGAGAAGGAGUUGCAGUUUGCUCAACUCAAUGUCAAAGGGAUGGAGAAACAUGGGAGGAAGCGGCUCAGUCGGGACAUGAGAGUGUCCUUCAUCUGUCCAGCAAACACGACUAGCAAAGCAGAGGGGCAGGAGUUAAGAAGACGUAAAAAGAUAGGAAGUUACACCCCAGAUGUCUACGUAGAUCCCAAACGUCAGCGGUACAUUAGGAAUCCAGUCCAUCAGAAGAUCCAGCAGUUCAAACGUUUCAUUGAGAAUUAUCGCCGUCAUAUCGUGUGUUUUAUAGUCGUCUACGGCAUUACAGCUGGUGUAGCACUGGAAAGAUGUUACUACUAUGCUUUGCAGUCAGAGUCCACCGGCAUACCUGAGACUUCAGUGGUGGGCGUCGUCAUUGCACGAGGCACUGCAGCUGCCAUCUCCUUCCUGUUUCCCUACAUGCUCCUCACUGUCUGCCGCAACCUCAUAACUCUGUGCAGAGAGACCUUCCUUAACAGAUACAUCCCCUUUGACGCUGCCAUUGAUUUCCAUCGCUUCAUGGCCAUGACAGCCGUCAUCCUCUCAGUGGUUCAUGGUUUGGGACACGUGGUCAACAUCUACAUGUUCUCCAUCUGUGAUCUCAGCAUCUUGUCCUGUCUCUUCCCCAAAGUCUUCAGCAACAAUGGGUCUGAACUUCCAAAGAAGUGGUCAUGGUGGUUUUUUCAAACAGUUCCAGGAUUGACUGGGAUUUUACUGCUUUUCACCUUCGCCUUCAUGUAUGUUUUUGCCUCACAUUAUUUCCGUCGCAUCAGUUUUCGGGGAUUUUGGAUCACACAUUACCUCUACAUUAUUGUGUACAUUUUAACAAUUAUUCACGGCAGUUAUGCACUCAUCCAAGAGCCCCGUUUCCACAUCUACUUAAUUCCACCUGCGCUGCUCUUUCUGCUGGAUAAACUCAUCAGCCUGAGUAGAAAGAAGUCCGAGAUCCCGGUGCUCAGAGCUGAACUGCUGCCCUCAGGUGUGACACAUCUGGAGUUCAAACGACCACAGGGCUUUGUGUACCGUUCUGGCCAGUGGGUUCGUAUUGCAUGCCUAAUGUUGGGCACAGAUGAGUACCAUCCAUUCACACUUACGUCAGCCCCUCAUGAAGAAACUUUGAGUCUGCAUAUUCGAGCUGUGGGGCCUUGGACGAGUCAGCUGCGAGAGCUGUACACUGAAGAAAAUUUGGUUGAGCUUGGCGCUUAUCCAAAGCUGUACUUAGACGGCCCGUUUGGUGAAGGCCACCAGGAGUGGGUUGACUUUGAGGUGUCCGUUCUAGUUGGAGGAGGCAUCGGCGUCACCCCAUUCACAUCCAUCCUGAAAGACCUUGUUUACAAAUCCUCUGCGAAGUCUAAGUUUAUGUGUAAAAAGGUGUACUUCAUCUGGGUGACACGGACACAGCGUCAGUUUGAGUGGGUGUCAGACAUCAUCAGGGAGGUGGAGGAAAUGGAUACACAGGAGCUGGUUUCCGUCCACAUCUACAUUACUCAAGUGGCUGAGAAGUUUGAUCUCCGCACUACCAUGCUGUAUGUGUGUGAACGCCACUUUCAGAAGAUUUGUAACCGCAGUCUUUUCACUGGGCUGCGGUCCAUCACCCACUUUGGCCGCCCACCCUUGGUGGCAUUUUUAAGCUCACUUCAGGAAGUUCACCCAGAGGUGGCUAAGAUUGGUGUAUUCAGUUGUGGACCGCCUGGACUGACCAAGAAUGUGGAGAAAGCAUGUCAGCAGAUGAACAAGAAGGAUCAGGCUCAUUUUAUACACCACUAUGAAAACUUUUAACUCGUCUUACACAGAG